GUGAAAUUAAACCUAAACCGAAGUAGCCUAUAGUAAUUAAAAAAGAAUAGUAAUAAUAAGAAAGCGACGAGAAAGGCAAUCGUUAUUUGGGGCACUGCAACAGAACCUUUCCUUUCCUCUUUGCAUGCUGCUCUCUCUGCUCUUCCAUACUCUCAUUACCAAUACUCUUAUUAUAUAAUAAAUUCAUUCUCUUCUAUUUAUUUCUUAAAUUCCAAUUUCACUAAUCACUUCCUACCUAGGGUUCCCAACAAUGCUGCCGGAUUCCUCUGAACAAGAAGACGAUUCUGAAAUCGACUUCGUCGAAAUUGAUCCUACUGGUCGAUACGGUCGGUACAGGGAAGUUUUAGGAAAGGGGGCUUUCAAAAAAGUAUAUCGUGCUUUUGAUGAAUUGGAAGGAAUUGAAGUGGCUUGGAAUCAGGUUAAGGUGUCUGAUCUAGUGCGUAAUUCUGUAGAUUUGGACCGCCUUUAUUCUGAAGUUCAUUUGCUCAAGACUUUGAAGCAUAAAAAUAUUAUUAAAUUUUACAAUUCAUGGGUUGACGCCAAGAAUGAGAACAUUAAUUUCAUUACUGAAAUUUUCACCUCCGGAACAUUGCGCCAAUACCGGAAGAAACAUAAGCAUGUUGAUUUGAGAGCUUUGAAGAAAUGGUCUAGGCAGAUUUUGGAGGGCCUUUCGUAUCUUCAUAGUCAUAAACCACCAGUUAUUCAUCGAGACCUUAAGUGUGACAACCUUUUUGUCAAUGGGAAUCAGGGGGAGGUGAAAAUCGGUGAUUUAGGAUUGGCAGCCAUCCUUCAACAGGCCAGUUCAGCUCACAGUGUUAUCGGUACCCCGGAAUUCAUGGCCCCAGAACUUUAUGAAGAGGAGUACAAUGAGCUUGUCGACAUAUAUGCUUUUGGCAUGUGCUUACUAGAGUUGGUAACUGUUGAGUACCCGUAUAUUGAAUGUGCCAAUGCUGCUCAAAUAUACAAGAAAGUGACAUCUGGAAUAAAACCAGCAUCAUUGGCAAAAGUGACAGAUCCCGAAGUUAAAGCCUUCAUAGAAAAGUGUAUUUCUCGUGCAUCAGAUCGGUUGCCUGCAAAGGCUCUCUUGAUGGAUCCCUUCCUUCAGUCAGAUUAUGAUGGUGAUAGUGUAGGUCGAUCAUCGAGAUCUGGAGCCCACCAUUCAGGAAAUAACUUUAAUCAUCAAUCCAUCGGAGAAAGUGCCAAGGAAAACUCUGUUGAGACUAGUUGGGAAUUUACAGUGGAAGGCCAAAGGAGAGAUGUUAAUACAAUAUUUUUAAAACUGCGAAUUGCAGAUUCCUCAGGCCAUAUUCGAAAUAUUCACUUCCCUUUCAAUAUUGGAGCAGACACUUCAAUCUCCGUUGCCAGUGAAAUGGUUGAGGAGUUGGAGCUUACCGAUCAAGAUGUUUCGACCAUUGCUAAGACAAUUGACUCAGAAAUUCAAUACCACAUUCCUAGUUGGAAUCCCAGUGAAACUCCCGACAAUAAUUCUUUUGAAUUUUCUGGCCAGACCCCUGAAACUAAGACUGAGGCUUCUCCUAUUGGAAAUGAUUCUCCUAGCAGCCUUGCUUUGGAAAUAUUACCUUCUGGUCGUAAGUACUGGUCAGACUCACCAAAGGGUGUUGGUGGAAACUCUCCAGCUCCGCGCUGUGCUUCGAACUUGUCUUAUGAAGUGGAUGUGAAUGCUGAUGAAGGCAUCUUGUUUGCAAAUAGUGCGGAGAAGGAAUGUGACAGGACUGCUGAUUCCCCGUUUGAUGAAAGAAGUAUUAUAUCGGACUAUUCUGAAGCAACUGGUGGAAAGUCCUCUCUAGAAGAAAUAUCUGUACGUUACGAUUCUGAAAUAGAGGAUAUCAAUACAAUAGCAACAAAGUUGGAGACUUUGUUGGUUAUGCAAAGAGAGGAGUUAGAUGAACUGAAGAGGAAGCACAAAUUAGCUGUCUCAGAUUUUUUGAGUGAGUUUUCUCCAGAAAUUUGCCAACAGAUCCUAAGUAUAUGCAACCCGGAAAUGCCUGACAGUGAAAUGAAUUAAUGUCUUCUUCAGCUUGGAAACUCAAUGUUAUUGCUGUAUUUAUGCUUGAAGCACUCUGGGGGUGAAAUGAUAAGGUCAUCGUAAGACUAGUUCAUAUCAACUUCAUUUCCCAAGAACAUCUGUUGUAUAUAGUUUGGUAGAAGUCAUUAAUUAAGCUAUAGAAAGUGUAUACUCGUAGAUAUUACUUGCUCUCCUUUAAGAUCUUCCCAACUAGGAGUUCACCCUUGAUAGGAGUUAAGGGCAACGAGAUCAACUAUUCGUGGAUUAUUUUUCAUUAUUUAUGUCCAAGUAUUCUCAGAAUUUGGCACCAUCGACUUAAUUAGAUGGAAGUUUGUAAACUUGAUUUUAAGUUAUUUUAAUUUUAUCAAUUAAUCUUA